UGCAAAAUUGCAAAUGCAAUUUAUUAUUUUGCCAAACUGUAAAUUAUUAUUAUUGUAUCAUAUUUGUGCUCGUAAAAACUUACAAUAAAUUAUCAAAAGUAUUGUUUUAGGCUGGACAAGGCUCAUCUUUGGAGAUCGCUUCAAAUGAAGCAGUUUGAGAAUUGUACUGAAGCAAUUACUGUAGUACUUUAUACUUGCACUGUCUUACAGCAGUCCGCCCUGUCGUAUCCUCGCAGGCUGCCAGGCUCGCAGAUUGCAGGGGUGAGUCGAUUUGGACUUCUCCUCUACAACUCUUCCACAAGCCAAACUGCAGAUUGUUUUGUACUGCGAUAGUAAACGUUCUGCGAUUUUUGGCGUUUUCGCCUGUUUGCUUUGUAAAUACAGUAGUUAAGUACUGUGAUUGUACUCGACGGACUUUACAGUGUUCUUUAAGGAGUUUAAGCCACAAAUUUUGGAAUAUGCAGUCAGCAAUGGAACUGGAAGAUUUUCAUCAAGAUAAUACAAAAAAUUUUGUCUUAAAAUCAGUCCUUCCAGCUUCAAUCGGGAAAGAGGAUGUUAUAAUCGGGAUCGAUGAAGCAGGACGGGGUCCUGUUCUGGGGCCGAUGGUGUAUGGAGCCUGUUACGUGGCGAAAAAAAGCGAAGGUCUUCUGUCAUCCGUAAAGGUUGCUGAUUCAAAAACUCUAACAGAAGAGCAGCGCAAUCAGUGCUUUGCAAAUUUACACGCCGGCGCCGACAAUUUCGGCUGGAUGGCCCAAAUCCUUUCGCCUGCGGUCAUCUCAAAGUGCAUGCUGAGCCGAGCAAAGUACAACUUAAAUGCCAUUUCUCAUGAUUCGGCAAUGUUUCUUAUCCAGUCCGUUUUGGACUUGGAGAUCAGAGUGGCAGGAGUGUACCUGGACACCGUCGGUGACCCCAGUAAAUAUCAGGCCAAACUACGGGAUCGUUUCCCGCAUAUACCGGAUAUUGUGGUUUCUAAGAAAGCCGACUCGUUGUUCCCAGUGGUCAGUGCGGCUAGUAUUGUUGCCAAAGUGUGUCGUGAUAAAGCCCUCCGUGAAUGGAAAUUUCGCGAGGGCGAGAAGUUUUUGGCGGAUUUAAACUAUGGAAGCGGAUACCCAUCGGAUCCAGAAACAAAACGAUUCCUUGAUCAGUUCAGAGACCAUGUUUUUGGAUAUCCGCAGUUGAUCCGGUUCAGCUGGUCAACCACGGAAACUGCUCUUGAGAAAGCGGCAAGUGUGACAUGGGAAGAGGUAGUCGAAGUGGUCAACAGUUCAACGCCGUCCAUCAUGAAUUUUUUCAAACGGGAGGUAUCUCAAGGUACUUCAUCAGUCCCUCAUCAGCACCAGUUUUUCACUGAUCGCAGACUGAAAGCGGUAGCUCAGUUCUGACAAAAUGGAUUUGUUGUAUCUGCUGAUGCUUUGUUCUGCAAUACAGCGCCUCCUUUGAGUUUCCAUUUGUAGAAGUUGUACAUGCGCGUCUUUGUCCCUUGGUUUUGGCAAUCAGAUAUUAUUAAUCAAAAGCUUUGUUCGGAGGAUUUAGUUUUACCAUGGGUUUUCUGUAUAAACAAUGUCAUAAUGCAAGUAAAAGCUGAUU